CGCAGUAGAGUCAUCAGGUAUAAGAACAGGGUCAAAGGUUACAGUAGCCUGCUCCAGCGAUCUGAACGACACUUCAAGAAUAUUUUGUUAUUUUGGCGAAUAAAAGUGAAGUAACGUGAAGGAAGGAUGUCCAUAACGGCAGAAUACAUCAAGGAGAAGCUCCAACGUGAACUGGAGGCAACUCACAUCGAUGUUGAAGACACAUCCCCCAACCACUGUGGUUCAGCGUUUAAUGUCACCAUUGUGUCAGCCAAGUUCGAAGGCAAGCCUCUGCUGCAGAGGCACAGACUGGUGAAUGCCUGCCUGGAGGAGGAGCUGAAAGACAUCCACGCCUUCUCCCAGAAAACCUUAACUCCAGAACAGUGGCAGAAGCAGCAGAAAUAAUGGCAGCCUUCCUCCUCA